GUAUCUAGGUGUUCGAAGACGUUGGAUAGAUUCGCUUCGAACCUGCGCUCCUGCAUAUGAACGUCAUAAGUCGACAAUUUCAAUGGAUAUACAUCGUGUGUGACGUCGUGUUUUCAUUUAUUACGGCAGUGUUUUUUCUUUACCAAAUUCGUACAAAUUGAUCGCACCAAAUAAUUGUUUUCGGUUUCCAUUUGCAUAAAUUUCUAUUUAAGUGGUUCAAUCGAUGGCAUAGUCUUAUUGUGACUUUUUGGAUUAUUAUUUUAAUCAAGAAAACCAACAACCUUGGAAGCCGUAGAUGUAUAAAUAACAAACCGUUAUUUCCACAUUAUUAUCGUGUUUUUUUUUUCAAUUGGUUCUGGUGUGACAUCAUUAAGAAGUAAAUCAUACAAAAUAGUUACAGUUGUACAAAUCGCCUGUGCAGUGAGAUUUCAUAGUGAAAUGACAUUCUAAAAAAGCGAAAAAAGGUGAAUUUUUCAAACGAAAAGUUUAUGUUAAGAAUUACAGUAAAUUCAAGAGUAAAAAAUUAACAAGCGCUUUUUCACUUCACAUAAUUUAUGGCCAAAUUGAAGGGCACGGAUCAAAACAAAUAGUGUCAGUUCAAGUGAAGUGGCAUAAAAACUAGUAAAAAAAACGACCAACGGUGAAGACGAUAGAGCCUCUGUGAGGUGUUGUAAUCUUAGACUUAAAGUACUGAAUUAAACAUGUUGUGUGCAACAAAUUCAUCACCUCCACCAAGCCCAGCAGGCUCUGAAAUUUCAGUUGGAGCUCCAAGUCCACCGCCAAAAUUACAACAGUCUUUCGAGAAUGAUCGUCGACGAAAUGGGGACGACUAUUUUCGUCCAUUGAAGCGCCUCAAAGGGAUAGGAAAUUCACGUGAACGUUCCAUAUCGCCACCAGCUCAACGAUCUACUCUUGAAGGUGUCAAAAGUUUCUCCAUCGCUGACAUUUUGGGCCAUGAAUCAAAUGCAAAUAAUAAUAAUAUUUCGACUAUGGCGUCAAAUCAACAUCAAGCUACGGACACACGAGGUAAAAUUGUUCGGCCAUGGGAUCAGUUCCGUGGAUCAGUUCAUGCAGUGCGUCCAUUCCUGCCGCCAGCCUUGCUUCAUUAUGAGCAUCGACUAGCCCUCGAUUAUCAGCGACAUUUGGAACAUUUGAAUGCACAGGCUCAACUGUUGCGGCACAUGAACAUAAAUAUGAGCAUGGAUAUAAAAUCGGAAUCGGGCUCCGAACGAAGCAGUUCAGCGGCUAGUGAUUGCUGUUCACCAGAAAUUGGCAGCGGUAGUCGAUUAUCUGAUCAUCAUAUGCAUCAUUCAGGUUCACAACAAUCGCAGCAAUCAACACAAUCUCAUCAUAGUCAAAAAUUGACAAAACCAAGUGACACUCCAUUAGACGCCCUUUUUCAAAUGACUAACAAAAAUUUCGACGAAAGUCAAGAUCAAUCUCACGUCAAUCUAUUUUCAUCGAGACCACAACCAAAGAAAAAACGGAAAUCACGCACAGCAUUUACCAACAAUCAAAUAUUCGAACUGGAGAAACGUUUCAUUUACCAGAAAUACCUGUCACCAGCUGAUCGGGACGAAAUAGCCUCUUCUUUAGGUCUAUCAAAUGCUCAGGUGAUAACAUGGUUCCAAAAUCGGCGUGCAAAAUUAAAACGUGACAUGGAAGAGCUGAAAAAGGAUGUCGAAAGUGCAAAAGUACUAACAGCGCAUAAGACUUUUUUAGAAAAUGUAAACGACUUAGGCAUCUUAAAGAAGAAAGCUAUGCAUGAUACAACAACGGCGAUACUGAUGCAGUCCGGCAGCCCCGAAUGAAAAUUACAAGCAAGCAAACAACCGAAGAAAUAAACACAAUUAGUUCCUAGUACAGAUGAUAUUCAUCUUUACGGGAGAAAACAACAUAUUUGAUGCUAACGAAUUACAAACUACCCACGAUUUAUAUUGAUAAGACCAAAAAUGAUAAAUCUUCCUAUAAUUUGCCACAAUUUUACACUAAACGAGUUUUUGACAAAGUAAAACCAAACGAAUAAAGAAGAAAUAUGAUGAAAUGGCAUGAUUUGAAAUAAAUUGUAAUGAAAUGAACACUUUUGACAAAAAUUGACUUGUGUGUGCGUGUUAUUCGUGUAUUUAGUGUGUGUUGUAGGUUGUUUAAAUAACGAUCUCAAAAAGAAAGGAAAAUCGGUACAUGUGCUUCGUAAGCAUGGAGCUCAUUUUUCCGCAAUUCAGGUUUUGCCAUUAGACGAUGCCAGUGUCAAUGCAGUCAAUCAAUGACAAUAGCCAUUCGUAUAAUUACAUUUUCCUUUCAAUCCAUUUCGGGACAUUACCUCAGCCUCUCCUGCAAUUACUUAUAUCAUUUUGAAAUUCAUUUUCAACGUCUCACUUACAUAAAUGAAUCAUAUAUGGACUUUGUUUUCCCAUUGAAAAUAUGAAGAUAAAAAAGAACCUUAAUAGUACAGCAUUUGCUCUUCUCAUUUGUUACAACCGAGAGAACAUAGAAUAAGUUUUAAUCGAAGCAAAAUCUAAUAUGUAAAUAAUUUAUGUACUUUCGCUUUUAAGUGCUAAAAUUUAAAUAUGAUAAAAAAAAAACUUUCAGAAUUUGCUAAACAAGUAAAUGAAGUAAAAUUAUGUAAUAAAUUAAAAUUUUGUAAAUAUUUAUGUAUUCUAUGUACCAUAAUGUAACUGUAGUUGUCUGUGUAGUAGUUAGUCUGUACACACACACAUUGGGAUAUUUCAAGGAAUUCAAGCAAUUUUUUUUUGUAGGAAUUUGUGGUCAAAAUAACUUCUUCUCUAGCAUAACAAACUAAUAACAUAGGUCUUUCAGUUCAUAAAUGGUACAAACAUUCAAUGAAUGGGAUGCUACUGUAGAUUUGUUCUAUGCUGUGUGUAUUUUGAUACUAAUUGAAGAAGAAUCAAACCAACUCUUAACACAAAUCUGACCUUUUUGUCAGAAAUGGAAGCAAAAACCUAUGUAUGGAUCUACAUUAUAUAAUAACCCAUUU